UACAUUUAUUUAGCAUUACUUUGAGUUUGUCGCAAGUUUUAUGCAAAGGGGAUUGAAAUGUACUACAGAUUAAAUUAUGUAUUAGGCUUUACGAUUUUUGAAAACUUAAUUUGAAGACUCAGAACCUGUAAACUGUUACACUGUAUCGGAUGUCCACGAGUUGAAUGAAAUCAUUUAAUUCAUUUGAUCCAUGUUCACAACCCAUUUUGAUGGGAACAACAACCGUUUUGUAUGUACCACUACCAGCGUAAACUGUUCGGAAGCAAUUACGACGUUGUUAUCACAGACCACAAAUCUAACGGACGCCAUGAUUCUUGUUUUCGUUCAGUGGGUAACAGCUGACACGAAGUGAAUUAGAAACAAAGGAAACGCGCACUCGCCAUAGCUGACUGGUAUGCUCAUACAGUAUUAYAGGGAUGCCCAAGGAAAAAUAUGAUCCGCCAGACCCAAGGCGGAUGUACACAAUAAUGUCCACUGAGGAGGCAGCCAAUGGGAAGAAGUCAUACUGGGCUGAGCUCGAAAUUAGUGGUAAAGUGAGGAGUCUGAGCACCUCAUUAUGGACGUUGACUCACCUCACUGCUCUUCACAUCGGCGAUAACUCCCUCUCUCGUAUCCCGCCCGAUAUUGCCAAACUUCAAAACCUGGUGUACCUGGACCUCUCAUCCAACAAGAUCAGGAGCCUGCCCGCCGAGCUUGGCAACAUGGUGUCUCUCAGGGAACUUCUUUUAAACAAUAACCAGUUGCGGGUUCUACCUUUUGAGCUUGGAAAGCUGUUUAAGUUACAAACACUGGGGUUAAAAGGAAAUCCACUUGCACAAGAAAUAUUGAACCUCUACCAGGAGCAUGAUGGCACGAGGAAACUGCUCAACUACCUUCUGGACAAUCUGGCAGGGACCAAACGAGUCAACUCCGAGCAACCCCCACCCAGAUCAUGGAUUGUCUUGGCCGAGCCUGACCGGGCACGAACAGCAGCCUUGUUUUCUGUGAUGUGCUACAACGUGCUGUGUGAUAAGUAUGCCACGCGCCAGCUCUACGGCUACUGCCCCUCCUGGGCCCUUAACUGGGAGUACAGGAAGAAGUCCAUCAUGCAGGAGAUCAUGAAUUGCAACGCUGACAUCAUUAGCCUACAGGAAGUGGAAACAGAGCAGUACUACAACUACUUCCUACCGGAGCUGAAGGACCAGGGUUACGAGGGCUUUUUCAGCCCCAAGUCCCGCGCCAGGACCAUGUCCGAGUGUGACCGCAAGCAUGUGGACGGCUGCGCCAUAUUUUACAGAACCGAAAAGUUCAGCCUGGUGCAGAAACACACGGUGGAGUUCAACCAGCUGGCUAUGGCGAACUCUGAGGGCUCAGAGGCCAUGCUCAACAGAGUCAUGACCAAGGACAACAUUGGUGUGGCCGCUCUUCUAGAGGUGCGCAAGGAGAUGAUGGAGCAGUCUGUGGGGAAGUCUCUGCACGGCAUGGAGAAACAGCUCCUCCUGGUGGCCAACGCCCACAUGCACUGGGACCCGGCGUACUCCGACGUCAAGGUGGUCCAGACCGUCAUGUUCCUGUCUGAGGUGAAAAACAUAGUGGAGAAGGCCACGCGCAGCCUCAAGCUCUCCUCAGUCUCCGGGGAGACAAAUGCCGUCCCACUCGUCCUGUGUGCUGACCUCAACUCACUGCCCGACUCUGGUGUGGUGGAGUACCUGAGCUCGGGCGGAGUGGACAGCACCCACAAGGACUUCAAGGAGCUUCGCUACAUCGACAGCCUGACCAACUUCAACUGCAACGGCAAGAAUGGCACGUCCAACGGCAGGAUCACCCACAGCUUCAAGCUGAAGAGUGCCUACGAAAACGGCCUGAUGCCUUACACCAACUACACCUUCGACUUCAAGGGCAUCAUUGACUACAUCUUCUACUCUCAGCCUACGCUCAAUGUGUUGGGGGUUCUGGGUCCUCUGGAUCCUCACUGGCUCCAUGAGAACAAUAUCAGCGGCUGUCCCCACCCCCACAUCCCCUCCGAUCACUUCUCCCUGUUUGCACAACUGGAGCUGCUCCUCUCCUACCCGUCAUCAGUCAAUGGAAUCCACCUGCCAGGGCGCAGGUAGUUCUCCGAGCCACAAGAGGGAGCUGUUGCUCCAACCUCGUUCUAUUUUUCCUGCAAAGUCGACAAACACAUUCUGUAUCAAUCAAAAUACAAUAAUAGGAGUGGGAUAUGGCCAGCAUUUUUCCCCCAUGGAUUUUAACUGAAGCAAAAGUUCACGACGAUCUCAACAAUACGUCUUUAUAACAUUUUCUGGGCACAAUUUAAUGUUGUAUAUUUCUUUCACACCGUAUCCCACGUAGCAGUCCUGGGUGUUUCGUUUUUACGUAACCUGCAGAUAAAUUGUGUGGCAAUACCAUCAGGCCCACAGGGAGUGCAUGCAUCUGUAGAGUAUUUUCCCACCUCUUAUCACCAGUGAGAGAUUUUGUUACGGGGGGAUUCUUCAUGUCAAAAGCAAGAGCUGGUGACUAACGGCGAGUAAACUGUAGGCUAUAAAAAAUAGUUGCACACUAUAUUAAGGGUAAUUGAUUGUGUAAACCAACGUUUCGGUGUUAGUACCACAGUGCCGAAAUGUUGGUGGUUUACCCAAUAAAUUACUGGGAGUGUGUGUGCGUAUGUGUAUAUACACACACACACAUAUGUAUGUGUGGCUCUCUUUAUAUCCUAUAGGGAUUGUUCAUGUCACCACAGUCCAGUCAGAGCAAGCGGCAAAAUCUCAAGACGCCACCAAUCAACUAGAUAAACCCACAAGGCCGAUAUACCAGCUUUAACCAGAAUCAGUCUCAGCCGCUCCAAAUCCAUUCCCUAGCAUUGCCGUAUCUUGCCAUAAAGAGUGUAGUAGGUUUGGAGGUGCUGGAGAGAGCAGGCCAAACGGUGCACUUUUGCACUCGCUGCUUCUGAGACCACCUCUCCGGGUGCUAAAAGCCUGUCCUCUAGCUCAGCGGCUCCAUUUUAUACUGAGUGGCGCAAUCGCUCUGUGCAGCUAAAGCACAAAGGCAUUUUCAAACCUCCUCUUUGAAAGACUACUGUAAAAUGUCUAUUUCAGUGUAUGAUGCUAGGGUGAUAAUACGUGUAACUUAUCUAGACUCAUAGCAUUAACACCUCGGACUGGUUCUGUUUUUUAUGGCCUAAUCACAAAUCUGAACAUCAUCGCAAAAUUAAGCGACUGCCUUUUUAAUAUUGCAAUGCAAUUUUACCUUAGUCACGUGCCAUAGAGCCAUUUUGAAUCUAGCAUCAGAUAUAAAAAUGUUACAAAAACCAYCAGUCAUUCACUGGGAAUGACCUUUAGUGAUCCUUAGCAAUGGGGCUUAGGGAUUUGGAAAGGGAAAAUGGUCACAGUCAGUCUGACUUGGCAGCUUCCAAACAGGUUGUCUUAUGCCAGAGACCCCAUCUCUGACCCCAUAGCUGUGUAGCCAAAUGGAAUUGAGCAGGGGCCAACUUGCUUUAAAUAACCCCCCCCC